AUGGGUGGCAGCCGCGCAUCGCUGUCUCCGUCGCAAACGCCUCUUUCCUCGUCUCCCGAUCUUAAUGGCAACGGCCUCAAGGCCCCGAGCUACGACUUGGACUACUCGAGCCUCAAAAAUGACGUCCAGCCGCCGCCGUCCUCACACCCCCAGGAUGGCCUCCUCCCGCCACCUGCCGUGCCGGUCAUGCAACAUGCGCUGCGCUCCAUGAAUGACAUCAGCGCCACCUACCCACUGCGCGACCGCGUCCCCUUCGCCGCCUCCGACACACCUCCGAACCUGCGCAGCGUUGUGUCGACCGCGCCCAACUCCCCACGAGUUGUCCCAAAGAGACAGAAUUCCGCGAGCGCCACUCCGCGCGUCCGCGGCCAUGCGACGACACUCAACGUUCCUGGCAUGACCAGGUCCCGUGCCUCUCCCGACGGCAGAAUUCCCGACCGUGAUGUCGCCGCCAAGAUGGUCAUCAUCAUGGUCGGCCUGCCCGCCCGUGGCAAAUCCUACAUCACCAAGAAGCUGCAGCGCUACCUCUCUUGGAUGCAACACAACUCGCGCAUCUUCAAUGUCGGCAACCGUCGUCGUGUCGCUGCCGGAGCGCCAGGCACUUAUCAUCACAAUGGCGUCAAGUCUGUUUACUCUCCGCCAAGCAACGCAACCCUCGACCCUCCUUCGGCCGCUGCCGAGAUUCUCCUUAACGGCAACCCCGCGCCCAGUGCGCAGCCGUCUUCUGAGCCUGUCGAGUUCGACCUCAACGGCGAAGAUCCCCACGACCCAAACGUCGACCAGUCGGCCAACUUUUUCGACCCCAACAACGAAACAGCGAGCAAGAUUCGCGAACAGGUGGCCCUCGACACGCUUGACGAGCUUCUCGACUAUCUUCUUCACGGCAAGGGUUCUGUUGGCAUUCUUGAUGCCACAAAUAGCACCAUUCACAGGCGUCAGCUCCUUGUCGACCGCAUCAAGGCCAGAGACGACCGACUCGGCAUACUCUUCAUCGAGAGUAUCUGCCACGAUAAGGACCUCCUCGAGGCCAACAUGCGUCUCAAGCUGUCUGGCCCAGACUACAAGGACAAGGACCCCAUCAAGUCUCUGGAAGAUUUCAAGAAGAGGGUCGAGGCUUACGCGAGCGCCUAUGAGCCCAUUGGCCAAUAUGAAGAGGAUCAUGACAUGCAGUACAUCCAGAUGAUUGAUGUCGGACGCAAGGUCAUUCAGCACAGGCUCCGUGGCUUCCUCAGCGGUGGCAUAAGCUCCUAUCUCACAACCUUCAACCUCGCGGCCAGGCAGAUCUGGCUCACGCGGCACGGCCAGAGUGUCGACAACAGCCUCGGUAGACUCGGGGGUGACUCCGAGCUCACGCCCCAGGGCCAGCAGUAUGCACUUGACUUGCAUGACUUCAUCACCAUGAAGCGCAAGGCUUGGUUGAUUGACCAGACGGACAAGAUUGCGCAGUCAUCCUUCCCGCCUCUCCCUGGUGAUCAUACACCUCCAUACCCCGAGGUGAACCAGGAAUUGGACGACAAGAACUUUUGUGUCUGGACCUCCAUGCUGAAGCGUAGUGUGCAGACGGCCGAUUAUUUUGAGGCUGACGAGGAGUACGAUGUCAAGAACUGGGAGAUGCUCAACGAGUUGAAUGCGGGUCUCUUCGAGGGCAUGACCUACGAGCAGAUUGCUCGCGACUACCCCGGCGAGUACGAGAAGCGGUCAAAGGACAAGCUGCAUUACGUCUACCCCGGCGUCGGCGGCGAGGGCUAUCUGCAGAUCAUCGCCCGCUUGCGCGACAUGGUGCGUGAGAUUGAGCGUAUCACGGACCACAUUCUCAUUGUGGGACACCGUUCCGUCUGCCGUGUCCUCAUGGCGUACUUCAUGGAGUUGCAGCGUGAGGAUAUUGCGGACCUCGAUGUGCCCCUCGGCAUGCUGUACGCGAUUGAGCCCAAGCCGUACGGCAUUGACUUCCACGCCUACCGCUACAACCCGGAGAGGAGGUCAUUUGACGAGCUGCCCAACUACAAGCCUCGCAAGACGCUUGAUCGCAGUGCCUAA